GAAGAAAUACAUAAAAUAGUAGAAACUGUAGAGGUGAUGACUGGGAAUAUUCAGGGCCUAAAGAACAAAAUUCAAAUUCUUACAAGUGAGGUGGAAGAAGAGGAGGAGAAAGUAAAGCAGAUGCUUCAAAUGGAUUGUAGUGGGGUACUCUCUCUUCCAGAACUUUCUCAGAACAGUCUCAGAGCACCUACACUUCAGAAAGAAAUUUUGACACUAAUUCCAAACCAGAAUGCUCUUCUAAAGGACUUGGAUGUUCUCCAUAAUUCAUCCCAGAUGAAAGACAUGUUAACAUUCAUUGAAGAAGCCUAUAAGAAACUGGAUGCCUCUUAAAAGUU